GCUUCGAGGAUGGCGGCAUCCACGGCACUGAUUGUGCAGGAGAGCCCCAGCAUGAAAAAAGCAGUGUCGCUGAUAAAUGAAAUAGAUAUCGGAAGAUUUCCACGAUUGCUCACCCCAAUUCUUCAAAAACUUCACCUGAAGGCUGAGAAUAGUUUCAGUGAAGAAGAGGAAGAAAGACUUCAAGCUGCAUUUUCUCUAGAGAGACAAGAUCUUCACCUAGUUCUUGCAACAAUAUCAUUCAUUUUAGAACAGGAAGUAUAUCACAACGUGAAGCCAGCUGCUUUGCAGCAGCAGUUAGAGAACAUUGAUCUUAGACAAGACAAAGCAGAAGCAUUUGUCAAUGCUUGGUCGUCUAUGGGUCAAGAAACAAUUGAAAAAUUCAGGCAGAGGAUUCUCGCACCCCACAAGCUGGAGACGGUCGGAUGGCAGCUUAAACUUCAGUUGGCUCACUCUGACCAAGCAAAACUAAAAUCUCCUCAAGCUGUGUUACAGCUAGGAGUGAGCAAUAAAGAGUCGAAGAGCCUGAAGAAAGUUCUUGUGGAAUUCUGUCACAAGGAAUUGUUUGAUUUCUAUAACAAGCUUGUGACCAUACAAGCACAGCUGGAUUCCCUGACAUGAUGUUCUCCAAGACUUGUUUCUCUAUACACUCCAGCCACCUUAUUAUUUUGCACUGAAGAUAAACUGCCAGGUUGUGUUUUCUGAAGGAUUCAUUAGCUUUCUUCUUGUAAAUUAUAUGGCUUAUUGCUUCUUAUCAAAAUAACAGCCAAGGAAGAUCAUUGUUCUGAGUACUGAUGUUCUAAUAUACAUUCUCUAGUUCUGUGAGCCAACAGCAAGCAAUUGUUAAGAACACUUCUGUUUUAAAAGAAACGAAAGUGAAUAUCAUAUUGUUUUUACUGUCCUAUUUUUGCUUUAUUGCCUGACCUUUUUGUUUUUUACAUACUUGAUGAUACUUUUAUGCAUCAAGAAGGGUCCAUGGAUACAAAGUGUAAUGUGUACCUUAGAACACAGAACUUCAUUAAUUACAAUAAUAAAAAUAAGAAAGUAGCCACAUUCAAAACAAAUUU